AACAAAUUGUCCAUAUUCAAGACCCGUACAAGAAACAUUGUUUUUUCGAAAAAAACUUCUCGACCCAGUUGUCCCCGCGCUUUGCUGAGAUUGAGGAUCUAAGUCCUUACAUCCCAGUUUUCCUCAGAGUAAAAAAACCUGACAAGGAAGAUAGAAAGUUUUGAUUUGUGCGCGAACGCUUCGAAACGAACUCUAGUCUUUCAAGUAAAAGUCACAACUACAAUAAAAUGACAGUGCUGGAGCGAUCAGGACCGGCGUGCGCAGAGGAAGACAUGGUCAGCGACUGUGCGGUAAGUUUGUCGACACCUCCUUUUUCUCAACUUAGCAACAGAAGCACCACCUCCUCCGCCUCUUCGACCAGUAGAAGGCAAGACGGGAAGAAACACAAACCGCUCGCACUCUUCCCAGUCCGAGUCCGCACGUUUUUUACCAUCUGCGUUCUGGCCAGUGGUGCGGAUCCAACGUUGUCAGUAUCAUCAACAUCAACCGCGGAUGCAGACUGUCUGGUGGAUCCGAAUCAGGCCAAGUGCUGCCAAAUGUCCUACGAGUAUGGGAGCACGCUGGAUGACGGAACACCCUGCAUUAUGGCCUGCUGCCAGAGCGACGGCACCUGCCCACCGUGCGCAGGGUAAAUGAUAUUUAAUGAUGUCUUGAUGUGUUAUCUUUCAAAAUCACAAUGAUUGAGACUGAUGAGAGAACCUCAAAAACAUUUUUAUCUUCGGGCUCUCUACUACAGCAACCAAGGCGAGGUGUGCAGUGUGGCGUGCGAGCACCGGUACAAAUCGCUCGGGCACUCCUGCUGGCAGAAGCUGCACAUGGGCGUGUUUUGGAUGGUCAUGAAGAACCUCUGCGAUCCACAGGACGUACCUGAAAUUACAUUUUUGUAUUGAAGAUUCGUGGUUUUUCGCUUGUGCACCAAGAGAGCAUGCUGGUGUAGUAUGAGCACGUAGAAGUACUUCUAAUUACCCUCUGCGCAACACCCCGCGCAGGAUAGAUGAUGAUGAUGAUGAUGAUGAUGAUGUGUUCUUCAUCUUCGCAGUGGAAAACGAAAAUCUACACAUAAAUACGACAGAACUAUUUCAAGAACGGGUACUUUGAUCCACCGGCGACGGGAGCUCCGGGCGGCGGUGUGAACCCCAACCAAAUUUCUGGCGCCUCCAGUCUGUUGGGCAGUACGAAGGGCGCGAUGAUGCUGGCCUCCGUGAUCGGAACGGCGACGUGGCUGUUUUCGUGA